UCCCAUAGGCUAAUCAGGUGGUAGUUUCAAUCCAGCCUCAGCAUCCUCCUCCUCCUCCCAGCAGAGGAAAGCCCGACAGCCGGUGUGUGCGAGGUGUUUGCGUCCGCUACCAUGGUGGAAAUUACGGAUAUCGUGUGCCUUCUCGUCCCGCUGGCGAUGCUGGCCGGCUCUACCUUCCAGAGCGACGUGAAGAGCGCCAAGGAGGCGGAAAAAACGGGGAAUUUCAUGGAAGACGAGCAGUGGCUGUCCACCAUUUCACAGUACAGCCGCAAGAUCAAGCACUGGAAUCGCUUCCGAGAUGAGGUAGAGGAUGAUUACGUGCGUACUUGGGAUGAAAAUCAAGGAUCCAAUGACAAUGUAGACACCACCAAGGACCCUUGUCAAAAGGUUAAGUGCAGCCGACACAAGGUGUGUAUCGCCCAGGGCUACCAGCGAGCUGUCUGCGUCAACCGCAAGAAGCUCGAACACAGACUGAAGCAGCCUGUGCUUAGGUCUCCUGAUGGAAACUGUCAGCCCUGUCCCAUCUCCUCCACCGGGCCUGUGUGUGGGUCAGACGGACACAACUAUGCCUCAAAGUGCAAGCUAGAACAGCAGGCGUGUCUUACAGGGAAGGAACUCACCCUCAAGUGUUCAGGUCUGUGUCCUUGUCCGACUGCCGCCCCGACAUCCAAGGAGAGUAAACAAGAGAGCUGUACCGGGCAGGAUCUGGCUGAUCUCGGCGAGCGUCUCAGGGACUGGUUCCAGCUGCUACAGAACAAUGCCAAACAGAACAACAGCAGCAAGCCGGGGGCCCAGGCCACUGCAGCCAGCUCCACAUCAGUGCUGGACAGGAGCCUGGUGGCCAGCUGUAAGGACUCCAUAGGCUGGAUGUUUUCCAAGCUGGACACCAACAGCGACCUUUACCUGGAUCAGGCUGAGCUGGCCGCCAUCAACCUGGACAAGUACGAGAUCUGCAUUCGGCCCUUCUUCAACUCCUGCGACUCCUACAGGGACGGCAAGGUCUCCACCGCCGAAUGGUGCCUCUGCUUCUGGAGAGAGAAACCACCCUGCCUGGCUGAACUUGAGAGGAUCCAAGUCCUAGACGGCGGCAAGAGAAAGUUCGGCCGAUUCAUUCCCAGCUGCGACGAAGACGGCUACUACAGGAAGCAGCAGUGUGACAGGGGAGAGUGCUGGUGUGUGGACCAAAACGGGGGAGAAGUCGCCGGAUCCAGGAUUCGUGGCAAGCCAGAUUGCGAUUAUGAAAUGACAUAUUCAGGUGAUUUUGGCAGCGGGGUCGGAUGGGAAGAUGAAGAAGAGAAAGAAGCCGAGGAGACUGCAGAGGAGGCCGAGGAGGAGGAGGGAGAGGUGGAUGAUGGGGGAUAUAUCUGGUAAAGGGCCAACGUGUAAUCCAACCUCUCUGCAGGAGCAACUCGACAGCCCCAAACACAAUCACACACACACACACACACACACAGAUCCUGUGAGGAGAUGGACGUGAAGAGGCGCUCACACUCAGAACAACACCUGGCUCAUGAGAAGGCGAGGGAGAAGGGGUUGCACGGGUUUGGGAGGGCGAAGCUGCAUAUGCUAUGGGAGUAUUUAAUGUUACAAAUGGGCAAGGGAGGGGGAGAUAUCACUGUAAAGAAAUUAUGGGUCUGGAGUCAAGACUUUUGUCCUACAUACUUGUGAAUCUUUGUUCUCUUCUGUUGUUUGUCCUUUGAACUAUCUUUGAGCAGUUUUUAGCUGAUGCAUAUUGGAGACUUUAAGAAGCUGCAGGUGCUUGUCAUGUGCUUGCAUAAAUAAAAAAAAAAAUGGAGCAAGACGGGGAGCAUUUCAGUAGUCCAAAUUGGCCUCUUUCAUCUUUUUCCAUUUGCAGAUUGACAACGUUUAUCGAACCAGUUUAGGUUUUAGGGCAGGAAACUGGGAAUAAAGAGGAGAGGAAGCCGCAUUGGAAUAUUGAAAAUCGUUCUUUGAAUUUACCGUUUUCAUGUCAUACGCUUCGGCUCAUAUGUGACAGUAGUGCUCUGUCUCAUUCAUGACUUAUGAUGAAAAAGUUUCUCACGCGUCACUCUUUAGCUUGUAUAUACUGUGUGUAUCAGAAGACAGAAUGUCACCUAUUAGUCCCGUAAUUAAUGCCUUGAAAGACGAGCAGAAUAUACUGCUUCGUUGACAAGUGUACAUCGUAUCAUAAUGUGGAUCAAUUAUUGUGUUUAAUAAAAAAAAUGACAAAAUAAACUUAUCUAUGUGGCCCAGCCAGCCACCGUACA